AUGCAAGAUCCGGACGGCCAGAAAGUCCUCGCGGGCCCGCUCUUCCGCCCAGCGCAGCCGGGCCUCGAGGUGACGCAACCGACCCACGAUGGCUACGACGCCGUCACCGCCACCCCUUACGGGCCCGGUGCCCACACGCUCCGGCAGGCCGAGUCGCAGCAGCGGCUCCGCCCGCGCGUCUCGCAGCCCGACUUCUCCCUGCCGCAGCGCGCCGGGUCGGCCAGGUCGGACCCCUGUGAGGGUCCCAUACCGCACUAUCCGUCGGCCAAUCCUUCUAGCUGGGGCCCCGGCCCGCACGAUGCAGGUCAGGGCCCCGUCAGGAUGGAAGCGUUCAAGAUUGAUGAGCCGCCUCCGCUACAGCCCAAGGAACCAACCCGUAUACUAGGGCUCCGCGUGCUGACGUUCUGGCUCGUCAUCCUGGCCCUUGUCCUCGUUGUCUCGGCCGGCCUCGCCGCCGGCCUGACUGUAGGUCUGCAGCGUCGCUCCAUCAUCGCGGCCUCAACGGCAGCAACCGGCACCAACGUGCAGGGCGUCUCGUCGCCGGCGCCGACCAACCCGUGGUGCCCGCGCGCCAGCAGCGGCGUGGCGACGGUGACGCCGAACGACGCGUCGGGGACGUCGAUCCGGCUGAGCACCGAGGUGGCGCAGACGUUCGCCAUCCAGUGCGACACGCAGUACCCGGCGGGCCGCGGCGCCGGCAAUCCGGGCGUGCGCGACAUCCUGCUGGCCUACGCCCCGGACAUGCUGGCCUGCGUCGCCCUGUGCGCCCAGUACAACGCCGGCUACAGCAACGCCGUGGGCGACGACGCGGCCGUCGGCGCCGGGCUGUGCGUCGCCGUCAGCCUCGUCAAGGCCGACGCCGAGUUUUGUUAUCUCAAGAACGCCACGGGAGUCAAUGACACCCGCGCCAAUGUCGCCGAGGGCGUCGGCGUCGACAGCGCCGUCCUGCUCGGGGACUGGGCGAGCCUGAGCGAGGGCCAGCUGUGGGAGAGGUUUGGCGGCGCGUCGAGGGUUUUUGGGAAUGAGAGUUUUGGGGUUUAA